GAGAAGCCGAUGGGGCAGCGCUGAGUUGGUGUGUGUAACUGUGGGUGCGGUGUGUGGUAGAGAAUAGCUAGUGAGAGCUGCCCCCAAAAUCACUAUCCAGUUACACUUCAUUAACUGAAGGACAGUGGUCCUGUCUUCUGAAUUGCUUCUUUUAAGAGUCUGUCGUGUGUGGAGAGAGUACUUGGGGGCAAAUGCUCUUCUGAAGGUCUGUCUGGGGGAUCCCUGCAACAGUGCCUGUCAGCUUAGGAGUGCAGGGGCGAUGGAUAGUAGCAUCCACCUGAGUGGGCUCCUAAGUCGGCAUGAUGAUGAAGCCACGAGAACGUCUACCUCGGAAGGGCUGGAGGAAGGUGAGGUGGAGGGAGAGACUCUCCUAAUUGUGGAAUCAGAGGAUCAGGCAUCAGUGGACUUAUCUCACGACCAGAGUGGGGAUUCCCUCAACAGCGAUGAAGGAGAUAUAUCAUGGAUGGAGGAGCAGCUGUCUUACUUCUGUGACAAGUGCCAAAAGUGGAUCCCAGCCAGUCAGCUGAGGGAACAGCUCAGUUACCUUAAGGGCGAUAACUUUUUCAGGUUUACUUGUGCCGAUUGCUCGGCAGACGGCAAGGAGCAGUCCGAGAGGCUGAAGCUGACAUGGCAGCAAGUGGUCAUGCUGGCUAUGUACAACUUGUCUCUGGAAGGAAGUGGACGUCAAGGCUACUUCCGGUGGAAAGAAGAUAUCUGUGCUUUUAUUGAGAAACAUUGGACUUUUUUACUAGGAAAUAGGAAAAAGACUUCGACGUGGUGGAGCACAGUAGCAGGUUGCCUCAGCGUGGGAAGUCCUGUUUAUUUCCGUUCAGGUGCUCAGGAAUUUGGAGAGCCUGGAUGGUGGAAACUUGUUCAUAACAGACCCCCAACAAUGAGACCAGAGGGAGAGAAGCUGUCUGCCUCCACUUUGAAAGUGAAAGCUUCAAAACCAACACUGGAUCCCAUCAUUACCGUUGAAGGACUCAGAAAACGAGCAAGCCGGAAUCCUGUGGAAUCAGCCAUGGAAUUGAAAGAGAAGCGGUCUCGAACACAGGAAGCUAAAGACAUCAGAAGAGCACAGAAAGAAGCAGCCGGCCUCCUUGACAGAAGCACCUCUUCUACCCCUGUCAAGUUCAUAAGCCGAGGCCGGAGGCCGGAUAUGAUUUUGGAGAAAGGAGAAGUGAUUGACUUUUCAUCCCUGAGCUCCUCGGACCGUACCCCCCUCACAAGCCCCUCUCCUUCUCCCUCUCUGGAUUUCUCUGCCCCAGGGACACCAGCGUCACAUUCUGCCACGCCUAGCUUGCUCUCUGAAGCAGACCUCAUCCCAGACGUGAUGCCACCCCAAGCUCUAUUUCAUGAUGAUGAUGAGCUGGAAGGAGAUGGAGUCAUAGACCCAGGGAUGGAGUACAUCCCACCCCCAGCUGGGUCAGCUUCUGGGCUGAUGGGGAGCAGAAAGAAGGUCAGAGCUGCAGAGCAGAUAAAACAGGAAGUCGACAGCGAGGAGGAGAAGCCAGACAGGAUGGAUGGAGAUAGCGAAGACACAGAUUCAAACACUUCUUUGCACACUAGAGCUCGAGAAAAGAGGAAGCCACCCCUGGAGAAGGACACGAAGCCCAAGGGGCCCAGGUAUACGCCUGUGAGCAUCUAUGAGGAGAAGCUGCUGCUCAAGAGGCUGGAGGCAUGCCCUGGUGCCGUGGCCAUGACUCCAGAAGCCCGGAGGCUGAAACGGAAGCUGAUCGUCCGGCAAGCAAAAAGGGAUCGGGGCUUACCACUGUUUGACUUGGACGAGGUUGUGAACGCAGCACUUCUGUUAGUGGAUGGGAUUUAUGGAGCCAAAGAUGGAGGAGCUUCCCGGCUUCCAGCUGGACAAGCUACAUACCGGACCACCUGCCAGGACUUCAGGAUCCUUGACCGGUACCAGACUGCCUUACCAGCCAGGAAAGGAUUCCGGCACCAGACCACCAGAUUUUUGUAUCGUCUGGUGGGAUCAGAAGAUCUGGCUGUGGACCAAAGUAUUGUCAGCCCUUACACUUCUCGGAUCUUGAAACCUUAUAUCAGGCGUGAUUAUGAGACAAAGCCACCCAAACUACAGCUGCUGUCCCAGAUUCGCUCCCACCUGCACAAGAGUGACCCUCACUGGACACCUGAACCUGAUGCACCUCUCGAUUACUGCUAUGUCCGACCAAAUCACAUCCCAACGAUCAACUCCAUGUGUCAGGAAUUUUUCUGGCCUGGCAUUGACCUGUCUGAGUGUCUGCAGUAUCCAGACUUCAGUGUCGUAGUCCUUUAUAAAAAAGUCAUUGUUGCCUUUGGCUUCAUGGUUCCCGAUGUGAAGUACAACGAAGCUUACAUUUCAUUUCUGCUUGUUCAUCCCGAGUGGAGGAGAGCAGGGAUUGCCACGUUCAUGAUCUAUCAUCUGAUUCAGACGUGCAUGGGCAAGGAUGUGACUCUUCACGUCUCGGCGAGCAACCCUGCCAUGCUGCUGUACCAGAAGUUUGGCUUCAAGACAGAGGAGUAUGUUUUGGAUUUUUAUGAUAAGUAUUACCCACUGGAGAGUACAGAGUGUAAACAUGCAUUCUUCCUGAGGCUCCGACGCUGAGGUGAACUCAGUUCUUCCCAGCAAACAGCAGAUGCUGUCAGAGAGUGGCCUCAGAAGUCGUGCAGGCCCUUCUCCUCGAAGUGGGCCCUGGCCUCCUGUGAGUAAUGGCCUCCACAGGGUCCAGCUGGGUGAGUGAAGCCAUGUGCAGAGGUACAAGUGGCUGUUCAAUCCAGAAACCAUCCAGCAGGCCCUGCGUGGCCUUCCAGCAGUAUCUUGGACUCCACUGUGGACCAGAACCAAGUGACUCUGCCAUUCUUUUUCCACACAAUGAGUGGGCACAAAAGAGCUUCUGAGCUGAAGCAUUUGAGAAUGGGCCUGCUCCUCCUAUGUUAGAGCUCAGGAAGUAUGAAAGAUGUUAAAGACUGCCAGGGCCCUCACUGUCCUGGGCCGAGAGGUUAUGAGGUGUCAGGAAUGACUCCAACCCUGUCUCAGCCUGUGCUGUGCUGUCAUCGAACCCCAGAGGAUUCAUGGGGCACUGAAGUCCUUUUGUCUCUUACUGACUUUCGUCCUGGUCAGGAAAAAGAUACUCGGUGUCUGUUUCCAGACUGCUGCUGCUUUACUUAUCUACCUGUCAGCACCCCUUGCAGGGACAUUGACCUGGUACAAGAAGUUUACUCUUGGCAUGGCCUGGAAAGUAGCCCGAGAGGAACGGUUGAGCUUGAUACAUUAGAUGCCUUCCCAGGCCCUUCUCAUGCUCAGGACAGUUGCACCACAGAAGUGGAGGUGUGGAAUGGCGCAGGCAGGCCUGGGCGCCCUGUCCACCUCAUGAAGCUGCUUCCUGUGUUGCACAUGUUGGAGUUGGACUACAGGUAUCUAAGUGCAUUCCAAAAGCAUCAGAUAUCUCCAAUAAAAAUCCUUACCAUACAACAA